GCAGGGCAGAGGGGGAGUUCUGCUGGGUCACAAAAUACAACAAGAGGAGCUGCUAAAUCAGAAACUCAGCAGACCUGCGCAACUUUCUAUAACAAGCACAGUUUUUUUUUUUUUUUUUUUUUUUACUUUUUUGUUUUGUUUUUUAAUUAUUAUUAUUAUUAUUUUUUUUUUAAAUUUGUAACACAAAGUCGCUUGCAAAGAUGACCACAGCCGUGGUGUCGCCUUUCUUCGACUUCGAAGUUAUGAACAAGAACAACAAACUGCUCAGCAGCUACAACAACAACCUGGGUGCUCCCCAUCCCAUCUCUGUCCCUUGCACUGGCACCAACGUGCCCAUCUCCAGCCCCGCCGGAGCCCUGCUGGACAGGAAGGCGGUGGGGUCUCCCUCAGUGGGAGGCGUGUAUCAGCGGCGGCACUCCGUCAGCAGCACAAAGUUCAGCCAGAAUCAGUUUCUGAACAGCUUGAAGGCAGCGGACCACUCCUCGCUCAUCUCAGGGGUUGGCAACAACAAGGAGAACCGCCUGCGAGAUCGCUCCUUCUCUGAGACGGGCGAGAGGCUCCUCAACAAGUGCCUGGGCCCUGCCAGUCCCACCAGUGGUGGUGGUGGCAGCCAAGUGAACUCCAGCCGUUACAAGACGGAGCUUUGCAGGCCCUUCGAGGAGAACGGUUCCUGCAAGUACGGCGACAAAUGCCAGUUUGCUCACGGGAUCCAUGAACUGCGAAGCUUGAGCCGCCAUCCCAAAUACAAAACUGAGCUGUGCCGCACCUUCCAUACCAUCGGAUUCUGCCCGUACGGGCCACGCUGCCAUUUCAUCCACAACGCAGAGGAGCGUCGCGGACCACCACAGCAGUCAUCCCCUCUUAACUCUUCCAACAAGAUGGAGAGGCCUCGACUGCAGCACAGCUACAGCUUUGCAGGCUUCUCCAGCUCAGCCGGGCUGAGAGACAGCCCCACCUCCGUCACCCCUCCACCCAUGUUCUUCCCCGAUGAGGUCCCCGACUGGCCCAGCAGUAACCCCUUCACUUACUCCAGCCAGGAGCUGGCCAACCUGUUUGGGCCCAGCCUCAGUGCUGGCCCUGUAGGCACAGAGCCCAACACCCCUGCACCUCCCUCUCCAACAAGCACGCCUUACUAUUUCAGACCCAUGUUGGAGUCCCCUCAGAUGUUCGAGUCUCCAUCCAGCCCUCCCGACUCUCUGUCAGACCAAGAGGGCUACCAGAGCAGCUCUGGAGGCAGCCUGAGCGGCUCUGAGUCGCCAACGCUGGACACCACCCGCCGCCUUCCCAUCUUCAGCCGCCUCUCCAUCUCCGACGAUUAGACCGCACGCGAUCCACCGGUGACUUUAAAAGUUCGAUGACACAAAGAGAACACGGCACUCCCCCCCUCUACCUCUACCUCUGCCUCCCCCACCUUUCCCCCACCCUCGCCCCCACCUUUUUACACAAGACAACACCGUGUUAAUCCUGAGGACGUAGUCGACUCAAAUUAUCGACUCUUCCCUGUCAAAUCCGCACGGAGAGUUUUAUAGAAACGUACCCUGCCAUGUGUCAUAGUGCCAAAAAAAAAGACGGAGAGGAAAUUGAACAAUGAAAAUCAUGAGAACAAGAAUUGACUGUUUUUCGCCAGGUGCCACUUGUUUUUUUUUUUAAUUUCUUCUUCUUCUUUCUUCACUUGUUCUUGAAUGUGUAGCAGCACAAGUGGCCUUGGAAACGGGGAGUGCGUUGCACUAACCCACCCCACCUACCCCAAACCUCCACCACCCUCCACCCUCCAUCCUUCCCCUCUCUCCCUGAUGAUACCACUUCCCCUGAGCUAGCUAGAGGGUGCUCACUAACGUUAAACUGUAGAUCUGCCACAGCCGUUUGUUUGUUUUUUUUACAGACUGAGUUCAGAUUAAAAAAAUAAAAAUAAAGACCCUGAAAAGAUAUGAAUAGUUUUUAACAAAUAAAAGAGGAAAAAGUGCCUGGGGCGGUUCUGCAUGUGUUUAGGGUCAAUGGACUACUGUUUUUUUUUGGUUCUUUCUCAUUUACCCCCCUCCUCCUCUUCCUCCCACGUCGUCGUCCACCUCCUCGUCACGGUUCUCCUCGAGCCCCGUCUUAUGUAAUCGUGGACUGGGUGAGUCUGCAGGAAGGACUUUGAACUGGAAGUUGGUUAUGUUCCCUCCUCCUCGCCCUCGCCUCCCUUCUCUCCUCCUGUUGCUGGUCACUGGCUCUUUUUUUUUUUUUCUUGUUUGUUUGGGAAGGAAGUCUCGAUAUCAAACUGAUCAUUAAACCUGUAAGACUUUAUCCCGCCUCCCUUCAUCCUCCUCCUCCUCCUCCGCGUUGAUGUGGGGGAAUUCCAGCAUUCCCAUGGGUGCAGAUGUACAUCCUGCAACAUGACAAGAUCGGAUCUCCAAGCUAUUUUACUUUACGUCUUCCCCUCCUCUUGCUCUCUGAUGAGCUCUCAUUACAUCCCCCUUUUUUCUUUUUUUGCUUUUCUUUAUUUGAUAAUUAUUUUUUAUUAAUGUUAUUAUUACGGUUAUUAUUGUUUGAAAAAAAAAAAAAACUUUCCAGACAGAAGGUUUGCUUGUCACUGCUUAUUUAACUUAUCAGAACAUAUUUAUUGGUGAUCAUAUGCAUUUUUUUUGUUAAUUUUGUUUUGUAUUUAUCUGGAUAAUGAACAAUAGAAUAUAUUUUCUUUUAUGUUAAAUUAUGAUCUUCCAUAUUAAUCUAAAGAUUGUGAAGACGUUUUGUCAGUUUUCCUUUUUUUUUGUUUUUUUGUUUUUGUUUUUUUUUUUGUUUCACAGUUAAUAUAUUGUACUUCAAUGACUUUUUGUUCUGCAACUACACUUUGUUCAAAAUGAAACUUAAUUUAAAGCAAGAAAAAAAUGCAAAAAAAGAUGUUUUGCGUUUGAUUAUUUAUUGUAUCUUUUUUUUUUCUUACUCCCUCUUAUUGGACUGCAAUUCCAUCUAAACUAGCUUGUAUUCAUUCCUGAUGUUUCCCCACCUCCACCUCCUCCUCCCUCCUUCACAUUUUACAAUAAUCUGACAGUAACAGUAGCUAACUGUUAUCACACCCAUUGAUCGCUUGGUGGAAGUAAAGGGGUGCUAAAAGACUCCGUCACUGUUUGUUUUUCUUUUGUUUUUUAGGAGAGUCUCCAAGUUAGACGACUGGUUACGUUGUCGGUAAAUGUUCCUACACCCAGUCUCUUAUUACAAGCAAUAG